GUGUGUGUGUGUGUGUGUGUGUGUGUGUGUGUGUGUGUGUGUGUGUGUGUGUGUGUGUGUGUGUGUGUUGCUGAGUCACACUGAACGCGGUUCUCGGUCUAGUCCUCUGUACUCGGAGCUCGCGCGCGGUUUUCCGGCUCCUGGGUGUGUCCGGGUUCCUCACACACUUACCUCAGAACCUGCUGUAGAUACACACCUCAGACCAAUCAUCUCCUCAUUACUGCCGUGUUCCAGCUGCUUCAGCUCGAUGAUGUUUCUUCUCAGCUCUGUGAUGAAGUUCCUCACAUGUUCCUCCUCAGCCCCCACUUCAUGCUGGAUUUGUGUGUUGUUUUCCCUCUGAGAGAAGGAGUGUGAUGCUCAGACCCAGCUAUGCCUUACGUGGAUCGCCAGAACCGCAUCUGUGGCUUCCUGGACAUAGAGGAAAAUGAGAACAGCGGCAAGUUCCUGCGCCGUUACUUCAUCCUGGACACCCUGGAGGGAAGUCUGGUGUGGUACAUGGACAACCCGCAGAAUCUUCCAGAAGGAACUCCGUAUGUCGGCUCCCUGAAGCUCACUUACAUCUCCAAGGUUAGCGAUGCGACCAAACUGCGACCCAAAGCCGAGUUCUGCUUCGUUAUCAAUGCUGGAAUGAGGAAGUUCUACCUACAGGCCAAUGAUAAGCAGGACCUGGUGGAGUGGGUGGCUGUGCUCAACAAUGCCACCAAAAUCACAGUCCCAAAGUCAGGUGAUCAGAGUGGGCAGAACCCAGCGGAGGCCUGCGUGGAGGUUCUGGGUGCCAUGAAGCAGGUCUCCUACAAGACCGAGAUCAUCGGAGGAGUUCCCAUCAUCACCACCACACAGGAGAAGGGUGAAGGGCAGAACGGGGCAGAGAAAGGAGCUCUGAGGAAGCCCCAAGGGCAGGUGCCCUACUACCUGAGUCGAGCCAACCAGGACCAAUCAGUGGUGAAGGCUGGCUUCUGUGUUAAACAGGGAGCAGUGAUGAAAAACUGGAAGAGACGAUACUUUAUGCUGGACGACAACAACAUCAGUUAUUUCAAAUCAGACCUGGAGCGAGAACCUCUGCGUGUUAUUCCUCUGAAGGAGAUUACUAAAGUCCAGGAGUGUAAGCAAAGUGAUUUGCUGAUGAGAGAUAACCUCUUUGAGCUCGUCACUACCUCCAGAACGUUUUAUAUUCAGACGGAUAGUCCAGAGGAGAUGCACAACUGGAUCAAGGCCAUCUCCGGAGCGAUCGUAGCCCAGCGUGGUCCCGGCCGCUCUGCUGCUUCAGAGCGCAGGGAAUCCCCCUCCCACUUUUACUGCAGUGAACAAGGUCCCCCAGUCCCUCGCUCGCCCAUCGCCACCGAACUCCAAUUCCCAGAAUGCCACUUCCCAGCGGGCAAUCAGCAUGGCGUGGGACGAGCCAGACCUCAGCGGCCUCCUGCGGGGCAGCCCACGCAGCCGGUUGUCCCUCCAGGAGGCUCCUCGGCUUUUUUUCAAGUGAGCGAGACGAUAUCUCCCUGGGAGCGGAGGAACAGCACAGAGAUCUGCCCUCCUGAUGUUAAUGACUCUGACGAUCUGCAAGUUACAGAGGUGUAAACACCUACAGUGGUAAAACAUAUAAACAUGGACACGCCCACGUCGAGACCAGACGCACCCCAGAGCGAUCAGUGUUACCGAAAUGACCACAGGUCUCACUGGAUAGCACCACCGCACAACGUGAAGAGCUCAGAGCUGCGAUGGACCUCGCACAUCACUCUGGUCCACCCUCGAGGAGGAUCAUGGGAUUGUGUGGAAGCUGAACCUCCACUCGAACUCACCCGAAAAGUCGUGCGCUCUUUUUUUCUUUUCUUUUUUCCUAAUAAGCACAAAAUGGUUAUAGAAUUAGAUUUAAUCUGAUGAGUUUGGAAUUAACCGAAUAAUUGAUCUUUUCUUCCUCUCUCUCUUUACCUUCUUUCUCAUGGGGUACAGUUUGGGUUUCUCUUAGAUCGUUUUAUCCAUUUUUAAAAACAAAAAAAAAAAGUUUUAGAAAGUUCUGAGGACUUUUCAUUUCUGAGCAAACCAAAGCAGAUCCUAUCACCACCUGGAGGAAACCUAAUAAUCGUUAUUAUAUUCCAAGAUCUGUAUACACACACUGACUGUACAUAUAGAGUUUAUUUUAGAGCAGAACUUGUCAGAGUUUGUUGUUUGACCAUAAACACCAGGUUUUCACACACACACACACACACACACACACACACGCUUCAAGUGGUUAAUGUGGAAACACACUUGUACACUUGGUCUGGGUGCUGCGGAUCAUCAUCGUGUCUUUACUGUAAAGAGGUUAUUAGAGAUUUUUUAGAUUUUUUGAUCGAGUCUCGAAUCCGCCAACCUUCACACGUUCAUCAGCGCAGUGUAACUCCAUUAAAGACCGCUGAGACGACGAGGCUAGAAAUUUGCUACACACUAACUCCACACUAAUGUUACCGUAUUCCUUUCCUGAUCUCGCCCGAUAGCAACGUUCUAACUUCCUGUAGUUGUUCUGUGACGAUCGUUCUUGUUAAAAAUAACCUGACAUCUGAUGUAUUGUGGGAACGUGACGGUGGGACGGAGGACGUCGCUCGGCGCCGCGUUUUAACUUCACACCCCUAAACUGCGUCGCACUGGUCUGCUGUUGCGAGCCGUCUGAAGUGCCUGCGUCUGUCCCUCAUGACCACAAGCUUGUUUGGAUUUCUGGAGUUGUGUAUCUGACAUUUGUAAAUCGUGUUCAUUUAUUUAUUAUGUGAAAGAGUUUGAAGAUUAAAACUGACCAGUUUUACGCA